CCGUGUGCCCCUUCCCUAAUUUAUAAAAAGAAAAUUAUUUUCCUUUGAUAGAAAUUAUUUCUCUUAGAUGGAAUGAGUUUCUUGAUUGGAGCUACGUACUUGUAGAUUUCACAAGAUAAAGUGUAAAUGUAUAGCAAUCUUCUCCGCUAUUUAAUCGGCGAUUUAUUUCAGUAUAUAUAUAUUUAUGCUGAUUAUCAAACAAUCAAGCGGCAUAAUUGCGCUUUUUUCGCAUCAGAUCAUAUUCAUGGUCAACACGUUUAUCCGCAUUGACGCAAUUCAAUUGCGCAGACAAAAUCGAAAUUACAAAGAAGUAAAGGCCUUGCAACACUUAAAAGAGAAUGGGAAUAUACAGCAUUCGGUAGCUGCGAAAGUGAUUCUUCAAAUUAGAAUCUGAUUUUGGAAUGGCAUCUUGGCACGAAGAAACCUAGUGUUUUAUAAGAAAUUUUAUAAGAUCCGCGAGAGAUCAUUACUGAAAGAACAAAUCCAAAAUGAUUGAUACUCCACACUUUUCCCUCACUCCCUCUCUUUUUAUCCUUGACUUCACGAGUAACCUUACUUAUUCAUCUAUGGUACCGUCCUUGUUAGAAAAUAUACAAUAUAUUACGCGCCAUUGUAUAUUACGCGCAAAGAAAUUAAGUAAAUUAAGUAAAUGAAUAAAUAUUUAAUAGACUUUGCUUUUACUUUCUGGAAUGAUAUCAGAUAAUUUUGCAAAAUUGAUGAUGAGUCUUUUCGCGCUGAAUGAAGGUCACCUUAUAUGAACUUAUGUAAUCAAAUACAGGUGUUACAACCUAACAAUAGUCCUCGGCAAUUUAUGCAUUUGCAUCAUAAUAUGUAGGCCUUGAUGUAAUCGACGUAUCUAUAAUGCCAACCGAAACUAUCGCGUGUAUCGUUAAAUUCUGAACUUCACGCACGACUAUGAAUCAUUAUAAAAAUAGAAAAAAUAUCUACGGUAAUGAAUUUUAAAUUCUAGUGACGUCCAAGUUGCUGUCAUACAAAUUUUACGGAGACAAAAUAUUUAUAUGGAAAAAGUUAUGCACAAGUUAGAAAAAUUAUAAAUUAUGCCAACGGUACAUCAUAGAUUAAUUAUAAUGAUGAACACAAACUGCGAGGAUCACAGUGGCUUCGACAAUUUCUUUGGAAAUUGCAUGUAAUUAAGAAGUUUUGUAAUAAAUUGUAGGCAAAAGUUUACCCGAUAUUAAUCCGUGGUGCGCGCAAUAUACGCGAUCGAUAAUCCGCUUAACGUAAUCACGUCUGAUGUAACGUUUUAAUGGACACGGAGAACCAAAUGAAAAUUUGCGGUAAAAUUGUUGCUGAGGUAAUAUUAAUUAUUACCAUUAUUAAAUUACUAUGCGCAAAAGCGAAUCGGUCAUAAGCUGCAAAAAUUGUGUGGAACGGCGGCGAUUGUGCAACACUCGUAAACGCGUCGUAAAUCCAUGAAUGAACGAGAAGCUUCUCCGAAUGCAUCAGCUGUUGAUUGAUGACGUAACCGAUGCCUGCAUAACCGGCGCAUGUGACGUCACGAUCUCUCACAGAGGGAUGUGUUGGAUCACCCUAUGUUGUCUCAAUUAGAGAUCUCCGCGAGUAACUGAAAAACCAACUAAAAUAAAGCGUUUGCGUCCUGAAAAUGAUGAGUAACGGUGAAAGAUGCGUCGACGAGCUUAACUCAAUUCGUAACAUCGUGAAGACCAGCUGAGCAAACUGCUAAGAUUUGGAACACGAAGAGGAAACACAUUUCUUCCAGAAUGCGCUAAAAACGACGAAGAGUGUAAUGAAUAAACUCAAGGUACAACGGAGUCACACAUGACACAAUGCAACUGCAGAAUUCAAUGAAAUGAGGACGCAACUGUUCGCAAUAGGGCAUCCCAAGCGACGUCACUAGGAUUCGAAAUGCGAAGGCGGCCCUUUCAGAUUCGUUCAGGAACGACGAGUUGAUAAGGUCGAAUGUGUACGACGAGACGCAACAAGAUCACUGAAAACACAAGACUAAUGCACACGAACGAUGACGCAACCGUCGUUUCACGAUUUUACGUCGCAAGUGACGUCACUAGGACCUCCAAGACUCCUCUUCGCGAGUCCUGGGGACGACGGGGGACGCAAGCGAAGCCGAGGAGUCGAUUCGCCAUUGGUGAACAACAGCGGAGUAGUGGUGCAGUCGAGGAGUUUGCGAACGGUCUAACUGGAAAGUGGAUCGAUAAACUCGCGCCUGCCCCGUCCGGCACUGCCGACACACACGGAUGCCCCGUGUGUCCCCAAACUAGUUUUAAGAAGGCGAGCGUGAUGCACGAUCGCGAUCAGUCGCGAUGUAACCGCAGCGUGAAACGGCCUCGCACCAGGCCACCGGGUGACCACCAUCAGAUGCUCGACGUGGGCUGAUCUCGCGCCGAAGAACCGAUCGGGCACGAAGCCGGCGAUCAACGACCUAGUUAGAGUGGACUCGACGGAGGACUCACGUCCUUGGGAACGAGUGCCCGCCGAGACCACGCCUGAGGAUCCAGUGGUCCACCGCAGUAAGAGGCUGCCUACCUUCCUCGACUGGCACCGGCACCGUUGGAUGAUCCAUAUUUCGAUUUUCGACAUGACUAACAGCGUCUACUGAGCGAAUCUAAUCGACGAUCAAGAGGAGAGAAAACGAGUAAAAGAGAGAGAGGGAGAGAUAACACGAGACUCCCCUCGCGGCGAUUACGUAAUUUGCAUUGUUUGUGUCCUGAAAUAUAACUGUCUGGUCGGCGAGAGUGCGAACGCUAGCGCGCUUACGCGAGCCUUAUCAUUCUCAAAGGAGAAUGGCUAUAUAUUCGCGGCAGCGAGUGUCACGCAGCCCUCAGUAGGAAGAUGAUAGAGGGCCAGGUGCAUCAACAUCCGGUACGAGUGCCGCCCGACAAGCCACAGCAUGACCAGACGAGUGCCGUCAAGUUCGAAAAUGAACAAUGUAAGGAGCCUCUGCUUCCGGAGAAGCAGAACUCCGCCAGGAUGACACCGACCGAUGGCCGCUCGCGAACCACCUCCGAGUCAAACACCACUACCAACGGACAAGCCGGUCAAGCGAACUCUAUCGGGCACGCUGAUGAGUGUCUCGAGGUGACCAUCUUCGACGACGCCACUGACGGCGGUCGGCUGCCGGAUGUCGUCGCCGAGAGCAAGAUUUACGGCGUGACCGAGGAUGAGCCGCUCGAGUCGUACUUGGCGAUCACCAUCCAAGUCUUUAUACCUUUCCUCAUCGCCGGCUUAGGCAUGGUGGGCGCUGGAUUAGUCCUCGACCUGGUUCAACAUUGGGUAGUCUUCGAGAAAGUCAACGAACUCAUGAUCUUGGUGCCGGCACUUCUGGGACUAAAGGGUAAUUUGGAAAUGACCCUGGCGUCGCGUCUUUCUACUCAAGCGAAUCUCGGUCACAUGGACAUGCCGAGAGAGCAAUGGCACAUGAUUGUUGGGAAUCUCGUAUUAAUACAGUGUCAAGCGAUAGUGGUGGGCUUUCUGGGCUCCGUUGUGGCGAUCGUGAUGGGAGCGUUUCGUAACGGCACGGUAUCCCUGGAUCACGCGUAUCUGCUGUGCGCCAGCAGCCUGGUCACCGCGUCUCUCGCUUCCUUCGUUUUGGGCCUUAUUACCGCGGGCGUCAUCGUCUUCUCCCGUCAUUGUCAUAUCAACCCGGACAACGUGGCUACACCGAUAGCCGCCAGCCUCGGCGACAUCACUUCGUUGGCUCUUCUCUCAUGGAUCUCCACCAUACUCUACGAGUCAAUAGACAAGCAGGACUGGGUGGCACCCCUCGUCAUAGCUUGUUACGUCCUCGUCACACCCCUCUGGGUGUGGAUCGCCAAGAGGAACAAAUAUACCAACGAUGUGCUCUACUUCGGCUGGACGCCAGUCAUGGUAGCCAUGUUGAUAAGCAGCUGUGGUGGUCUUAUAUUGGAGUUCAUGGUGUCACGCUUCGAGAAUCUGACGGUAUUCCAACCGGUCAUCAACGGUGUAGGCGGAAAUCUCGUAGCUGUCCAGGCUAGCAGGAUAUCCACGGCGCUUCACAAGCAAGCAGAACUCGGCACACUUCUAAUUCCGCCAGGUCACACGCAUCCCGUCAUCUUCAUCACACCUAUCGCCAACUUCUUCGGGAAAGGUAUGCACGCCAGAACGACGAGAGUCCUGAUGGCGAUGGUGAUACCGGGUCACAUUAUCUUCAUUUACUUGAUUAAUUAUAUGAAGGACGGCGAUACGUCGAUGACACCGCUCUUCGUCUUCGUUUACCUAUGCGCGGCAAUGCUCCAAGUCGCGGCGCUCCUCUAUAUCGCCUAUAUAAUGAUCCAUUGGAUGUGGAAGCGGAAGAUCGAUCCCGACAACUCGGCGAUCCCGUACCUGACCGCGAUGGGUGACUUGCUCGGGAUCAGUUUGCUCGCGAUUGCCUUCCAAUUUCUGUACCUGGUUGGAGAUCAAGAUUUUGACGCGCCCAUCACGCCUUGACCGUAGUAGUCACAAAUUGUAGCGUUUUUCGGCAAGCGAGUCGCGCAAAAGCUGAAAUCGGACCGAAUGGGCAUUCCUACGAGGCUGUGGUCGUCUGAAAGUAUACUCCAGCGAAUCAAUCUUCGAUCUGCCAGUUCGCCGGCGAAUCUAACGGACGGUCGGUCGCAAGAGUGACUGCCGCCGCCUCACUAUCGCGAGAACCGGCCGUACUAUUUUCCUAAGAAGCCUGCGAGAGAGACAGAGAAGCCGUUAUCCAUGUGGGUGUCCCGACACUCGACAAUUGACGAAUUCUUGACGAACGCAAGCGGAACUUCAAAGAUCCAGCACGACGAUAAACAAAAGCGAUGGAUCGUUAAUGCCUUGUCAGUCGAGUGGGCGUACUCAGGUUUUAAUUAGCUACUAAUGUAUCAAGAAGAUAAAGAUUGAUGUGCGUUUCGGUAGCACAUGGAGCAAAUUUGCCUAGAGAUCGCAGGUGUCUCGAUAGAUAUGGAAAUUUUCCAAGCAUUUAAUCUUAUCAUCGAAAUUCAAAAGCCUAACGUACGAGAAUAAUUAAUUUCUUCUUUAAGGCUAACGCGAAUCAAGAUAAUAAUAUUGGAUCUUGAAUUACUUUGAAGUGACGGCGAUAACUUUACAAUUGUUUCGGCGAUAUAUUUGGCGAAAUAUCUUCCAAGCGUAACUCAAAGCCUAAGGAAUCGUUAAUUUCACAGAGCCGAGUAAUUCUUAAGGUGCGGUAAAAACACCCAAAAUUUUUCGCUGCAACACGAAUGAAAAUUGAGGCGGAAAUUUUCCUAUUUUUUAAAAGCUGUGUCAAUGAAGAGAGCGAUUUCUUAUACAGCUUCGUGAACUAUCAUUCAUCGGGCUCAGAGGGAAUUCCGGCUCUUCCACGGAGCAUGCGUGAAAGUGUCAGGGAGAUGAGGAAGAGUACGUGUAGUUGUAAUACCAACGCGUAUGUGUCUUCGAAUAGUUGCCUUCGUAUACGACGAAAUUUAGAUAGGUAUUAGAAGCUGCCACGCGACCUAUUUUUGGAAGCUUUAGGUGCUCUCGGAUUUGCUCGAUCUUCAAGUGCAGACUCAGCGUGUAAACUCCUGCCGUGACUCGUGCGGCGCAUUCAAUCGGAAUUUAGUCUUCCUCUUUCCACUAACUAGCUCUAAAUUCCUUUCUUCAUUUUCCGAGCUAGUCAUCGAAAGGGAUUAGCAGAAAGCGUCUCGACUUUAAAGAAUGUGUGUGAUCGUCCGGAGAAUUAUUUAUUAAACAAAGAUUGCCGAACAUGCAAAGAAAAACGAAUCAUGGUAAAUUCGAGAGCCAGCAAGACGCAGAAUCUCGUGUGACAGAGCGAUCGAUGACUUCACGUUCACACUAUAGCGCUAUCAUUUAGAUUCCAGAAUCACGAGUACAUCUUCCAAAGUUUCACGCGCGGAUUAGAUAUUUUGCGGAUGUAUCGUGAUACUAUAUUGAAAGGGUCGCAAUUAGACGAAAGAUAUACGCGCGACACAGACACGCGAUAAUCGCGAGCUUAGUGUCCAAAGUCGACGUAGAGAUCGAGAUAUAAAAGAAAGAUAUAAAAGAAAUAAUUAAUUAAAAUUUUGCUGGAUUCAAGUCACGUUUAGAAGUAUCGUUAGCCAAAUAGCGAAUUUCGAUUGCAAAGAGCGAACAAGGAUGAACCUUGGCGAAAUCGUGCACGACUCAGUAGUAUCGCUUCGAGGAGGCAACGAUCAGUGGCAUUUAACGAAGUUGAAACGUGCAUUUAGUUAACGUCUCGUUGUGAUCAGUCAAUAUGCGAAUAAUUUUAUUCACCCUGACGUAAUUGCGAACGUGUGUACACACUGCGUACACGUUUUUGUGUUCAAAGAGAAAGAGGGGGGGGAGAUGAGAGAGACAGGGAAGGAGAGAGACUUUUUUUAACGUUGACGACGAUACUUCGGCCGAAAUUAGUUUCGCUCGAUACAUCUGUCGGCUUGCGGUAGCACAUUGUAUAAUACGUGAAUUAGGAUAUUCCGUAGGACAAGAGGCGUCCUCAUAUUCCCGUGUACAUAUUAUUGUAUAGCGCAUUACCUAUAGAGGCGUCGCAUGUCGAAGACUAAUAUUUAGUCUUCGCGGUAAGGAGAAGGAUUUUUACAUCCGAGUCGAUAUCGCCUUUCGGCACAUACUCUCUCAGUAUUAUCGCUUUGCUAUUGCUACUGGAAUUGCAGUGCGACUACAAAUAGCAAAUAUAUCCGGUUCCGCCGAGAGAACAGCCGACACGCGCUUCCCUAACACGCGUGUUUUGAGGCGAAAACUGCGUUCAAUAUCGAGACCCGAUCGAGAUAGCACAAAAUAUGUUUAGUCAGAGGAGGAAAUUACGGGAUACGAUGAAUUUUGGGGUUGCAUCAGCGAUCAAUAACUGUGCAUAAAUUCGUCCGACGUUCACGCUGUCGAGAUAUUUUUCACUCGCAUUGAAGAUCUGAUACGCGGUAGUGUUGCUUCACGAUGCUUUUAUCAAUGCGACAGAAAGAGCGUCGCAGAAUUACGUAAGAUCCGAAAAUGCACUCACUCGCACUUACAUUUCCGAACGUGAGUUCUUUUAAAUUGCGUGCAUAUAUACUUUAUUGUACGAUCGAACGUUUUUAAUGGUUUUCACUGAGUUUUUCACACUCGUGACUGUCAGGCGAACGUUUCACAAAGCGAUGUUUCCUUUCUCUUGUUUUCUUUAUAUGCAUGCGUUUGUUAAUUCUUACGAGUGUAAUGAUUGUAGUAACGAGAAGAAAUGUGCUAUAAAUACGCAGACAAUAAUAUGCAAUCUGAGGACGGAUAUAUAAAAGUAUUUUGUAUGUAAAGUUGGGCGAGUAUAUAGGAUCCACUGUACAAACCAACUUUUACAAAUAAAAAAGCGGAAACGAUA